AUGCAAUCGAAAUUAACUAGAAUGAUUGUUGUAUCCCAUUUUAAUGAAGAUUUAAAUUGGCUUGAUUUAUUUAUUGGUGAUAAAAUUCCACAUAUUGUUUAUACAAGAUCAUCUGAUCCAUUAAUAAGUCAUGGUCUAUUAGUAAAUAAAGGCAGAGAAGCUAUAGCUUAUCUUUGUUAUAUUGUUGAUUUUUAUUCAAAUUUACCAUCAUCAAUAGCUUUUAUUCAUGCACAUCGAACUUCCUGGCAUCAAAAGGAUCCAGACGAUGUUGUCGUUGCAUUACGAGCUUUAAAAUGGAAUAAAUAUAGUUAUAUGCCAUUGACUAGUCUAAAGACUCAAUCUCGUUUUCAACAUAGAUCUUCAGAAUUACAAGAUGCAGUUAAUUAUGAAUUAUGGCAAGAUGUUCUACAAAAAGAACUUGGUCCACCACCAUUAACUGGAGUUCAAACGCAUUGUUGCGCAUCAUUUGUGGUGACAAAAGAGGCUAUUCUUAAACAUCCGAAAGUAUUUUAUUUAAACAUAAUGAAUUAUAUUAAUUCCAGUCAAUAUUCUGAUCAAUUAACAGGUAGAACACUUGAAUAUACUUGGCAUAUGAUCUUUGGUCAACCAGCAAUAUUUAAUUUAAAACCGUGUGAUUUAUUUUUUUGCGAUACAAAUGGAAAAAUUUCUGUUGAAUUAGCGGAAAAAUAUGCAGAGUUUUUAUCUAUCAAUAAAAUUACUGAUAGACAUUUAUUCUGA